AUGUCGCACCGUAAGUUUUCGGCGCCAAGGCACGGUUCCAUGGCUUUUACGCCUAAGAAGCGAUCCAGGACGUAUCGAGGAAGAAUAAAGGCCUUCCCAAAAGAUGAUCCAUCUAAGCCAAUUCAUCUCACCGCGUUCCUUGGCUACAAGGCUGGCAUGACCCACAUCGUCCGUGAUGUCGAUAAGCCAGGAUCAAAGGUGAACAAGAAGGAGGUUGUUGAGGCAGUUACGAUCAUUGAAACCCCACCGAUGGUUAUUGUUGGCAUCGUUGGCUACAUUGAUACACCUCGCGGUCCUCGUGCAUUCAAAUCCGUCUUCGCCGAGCACCUCAGUGAGGAUUGCCGUCGUCGUUUCUACAAGAACUGGUGCAAGUCCAAGAAGAAGGCCUUCACCAAGUACACAAAGAAAUGGAUGGAUGAGGACGGUAAGAAGGCGAUCGAGUCCGACCUUAACAAGAUGAAGAAGUACUGCUCCUCAAUUCGUGUUGUUGCUCACACUCAGAUGAAGAUCCUCAACCGUAAGCAAAAGAAAGCCCAUCUCGUCGAGAUUCAAAUCAAUGGUGGAACCAUUGCUGAGAAGGUGGACUGGGCCAAGGAUCAUCUCGAGAAGCAGGUCCCCAUCGACACUGUGUUCUCCCAGGAUGAAAUGAUUGACACUAUUGGUGUUACCAAGGGUCAUGGAUUCAAGGGUGUCACAAGCAGAUGGGGAACCAAGAAGCUUCCUCGUAAGACCCACAAGGGUCUCCGAAAGGUCGCUUGUAUUGGAGCGUGGCAUCCUUCUCGAGUUGCCUUCACCGUUGCUCGAGCUGGUCAGAAAGGAUACCACCACCGUACUCACAUCAACAACAAAAUCUACAGGAUCGGACGGUCGUGCCUCACACCGGAGGGCAAGAACAAUGGAGCCACUGAAUUCGAUCUCACCGAAAAGAGCAUUAAUCCUAUGGGUGGCUUCCCUCGCUACGGUCUUGUGAACCAGGAUUACGUUAUGCUCCGUGGUGCCGUCCUUGGACCUAAGAAGCGUCUGAUUACCCUAAGAAAAUCCCUUGUUGUCCAAACUAAGAGAUUCGCACAUGAGAAGAUAAACAUGAAGUGGAUCGAUACCAGCUCCAAGACUGGACACGGACGAUUCCAAACUACAGCUGAGAAGAAAGCAUUCAUGGGCAAGCUUAAGAAGGAUUUCCUUGCUGAGAGCAAAGCCUAG